AUGAGAUGCUUUUAGUAAACAACGAAUUAUGAAUUGGAAACAAACAUUUUCUUAGGCGACAGGAACAAGAGGAGAGAAAGAAGAGAGUCUCACCAUGUUCUGAGAUGGAGACAAAUACAUAAAAUUUUUGAGAAUCAAGACCCUGUUUCAGUAGGAAAAGUAAUCUGUUCAUAUUUGACAUUUUUGGGUUCAUUCUAGAAGAAAAUGUUCACAAUCAAAUCCUCUCACUGAAAUCACGAGCCACGGUGAGAUUUUUGAUUACGCACCAUGGCUUAUGGUAAUUCAAGAUCUGUCAGAUUUCAAGAUGAUCUUGAAUUAGAGAAAUUGCCAACAAUCAAUAGAGACAGUGUGGUUAAGGUUAAAUACAAGAUUGAUGGUACACAAAUAUCAGAAUCUAGCUCUAGGAAUUCUGAGAAGGAGACUGAGAUGACAGGAAGAUCACUGAAAGCUAAAGUACUGUCCAGAGUCUUCUCUGAGGAUUAUGAGAGAGUGAAGAGAAAGAUAUUGGAUCCUCGAGGACCGACUAUUCAACGAUGGAACAAGAUUUUCUUAGUAGCUUGUUUGGUUUCUUUGUUUGUGGAUCCUCUCUUCUUUUACUUGCCGGAGGUCCGAGACGAUAUUUGCAUAGAUAUUGGAUACACCCUUGAAGUUGUCCUCACAAUUAUCAGAUCAAUUGCAGAUGUGUUUUACAUGAUUCAGAUAUAUGUCCGGUUUCGUACCGCUUAUGUGGCGCCUUCUUCUCGUGUAUUUGGGAGAGGAGAGCUUGUUAUAGACACCUCAAAGAUCGCCGCGAGAUAUUUAAGGAAGAGCUUUUGGAUCGAUGCCAUUGCUGCCGUGCCUGUUCCUCAACUAUUGAUUUGGAUCAUUAUCCCCAGCCUAGGUGGUUCGACAAUGGCGAACACCAAAAAUGUCCUAAGAUUCUUUCUCUUUCUUCAGUACCUACCAAGGCUUUUUCUCAUAUUUCCGCUCUCAUCGCAAAUUGUCAAGGCUACCGGCGUUGUGACUGAAACGGCAUGGGCAGGGGCUGCUUAUAACUUGAUGCUCUACAUGUUGGCAAGUCACGUCUUAGGAGCUUGCUGGUACCUUCUGUCAAUUGAGAGACAAGAAUCAUGUUGGAAAAAAGUCUGCCAUGUUGAUAAUCAAUCUUGUCAGUCUGACUUCUUUGAUUGCCACAAGGUCGAGGACCCAAACAGAAAGGCAUGGCUCCUAUCAAGCAACGUCACAAAUCUAUGCGAUCCAAAUAACGAUUCUUAUUCAUUCGGUAUCUACGGUGAUGCAACCAUAUCUCACGUUACAUCCACAAAGUUCUUCAACAAGUACUUCUAUUGCCUUUGGUGGGGACUUAAGAACUUGAGCUCUCUAGGACAAAAUCUUUCCACAAGCACUUAUGUCGGAGAAAUAAGCUUUGCCAUCAUAAUCGCAACUCUUGGAUUGGUUCUCUUUGCAUUGCUUAUCGGAAAUAUGCAAACAUAUCUCCAAUCCACAACGGUUCGGUUAGAAGAAUGGAGGAUCAAGAGAACUGACACAGAGCAAUGGAUGCGCCAUAGGCAGCUGCCUCCAGAACUGAGGCAAUCUGUGAGGAAAUACGAUCAGUACAAGUGGGUGGCGACUCAUGGAGUUGAUGAAGAAACUCUUCUCAAAGGCCUGCCAAUGGAUCUCCGGAGAGACAUCAAACGCCACCUCUGCCUUGAUCUUGUUCGCCGAGUUCCACUGUUUGAUCAAAUGGAUGAAAGGAUGCUAGAUGCCAUAUGCGAGAGGCUCAAACCUGCGUUGUGCACGCAAGGCACAUCGUUAGUACGCGAAGGUGACCCAGUCAACGAGAUGCUCUUCAUAAUCCGAGGCAACCUUGAUUCCUACACCACCAAUGGUGGCCGAACUGGUUUCUUCAACUCAUGCCGCAUCGGCCCUGGCGACUUCUGCGGCGAGGAACUGCUGACGUGGGCCCUCGAUCCGCGUCCAAGUGUCACCUUCCCCUCAUCCACCCGCACAGUGAAAGCCCUUUCCGAAGUGGAGGCAUUUGCUCUCCUAGCAGAGGACUUGAAGUUCGUCGCAUCACAGUUUCGGAGACUCCAUAGCAAACAACUUAGACACAAGUUCCGGUUCUAUUCACACCAGUGGCGGACAUGGGCUGCCUGUUUCAUACAAGCAGCAUGGCGGCGAUAUAAGAAGAGGAAGAGUGUAGCGGAGCUCAAGGCUAAGGAGUGCCCCGUGGUGGGUGAAUCUGAGCUGUUGAUCGGACAAUUGGACAUGGACGUGCCUCCACCUGGUUCAGGAUUCGCUGUCUAUGCAGCAAGGUUGGCUGCGAGCACGAGGAGGGGUGGCAACAAAGUUUCUGGAUCGGAUUCAAGUGUCGUCAGCUCUUUGCAGAAGCCAGCGGAACCGGAUUUUUCUGUGGAGGAGUGAAUGGGCAAAAAGGCGUUUUGGGUUGUCAAAUGUGUGUAUGUACAUUGUGCUUUGUGAUUAGAUACAAAUAGGACCUUCAAAUGAUUAUUUCAUUCAGACUAUAGAAAUUAUAUAUGUUUAUACAGGGAAUGUUUUUGAACAUUGUGGAGAAGAGAUCACCUAACAAUUUGAGGAAUGUUUGCUUUUCAUUUCCCAAAAGGUGGAGAAACCAACAAGGUGUAGUUCCAAACAAAUGUAGGUGAAAUUUACCCGUUAUUAUUAUUAAUUUUUAUGAGCAAGUAUGAUUGGAGUAUCAAAA